AUGGGCGAGGCGGUGGCCCGGGUGGCCAGGAAGGUGAACGACACGGUGGAGAACAAAACGGAUUCCCUGGAUCUGGCCAACUGCAAACUGAUGAGCUUCCCCGUUGGAAUCUACAAAGCCAUGAGGAGCGUCACUGAGGGGAUCCACCGCAUCUCCCUGGCCAACAAUGAGCUCAAGUCCAUCACCAGCCGGUUUGUCACCACCUUCAGCCAGCUGACAGAGCUCAACCUGGCAGGCAAUUACCUGCACCGCCUGCCCGAGGAAAUCACCUCCCUGCUGCACCUCCGGGCCAUCGACCUCUCCCGCAACAGGUUCCGGCAUUUCCCGGAGCCCCUGGCCACUGUCCCCGCCCUGGAGACCAUCGAUCUGGAAGAGAACGAGAUCGCAGAGGUGCCGACGGAUAAAUUGGCUUCCAUGGCAUUGCUGCGGAGCCUCAACCUGCGGGCGAAUCCCGUCGGCCCCGAGGUGCGGCUGCUGGUCCGGCCCCUCGUCCCCUUCGAGGUGCUGCUGUCCCCAGAGGAGCCCAUCCCUAAAGCCUGA